UGUGUGUGCUGUGUUUUCAUCAGUCUUUAAAGAUGCUCGGGCUGCCCACACUGCUGCUUUCUCCCACGCUGCACCUCCUCCGCUAUCGAUCGCCUGCUCUUUCAUGUUUCCCUUCCCGUCUGAUCCCCGCAGCCUGGCGAGCGAGUACACGCGUUUGUGCUUCAGUCACUCCCAGAGGCUGAAGUGGGGGUGGGGGUGGGAACUUGCCCCAUAAUUUGUUGGGUUCUCCCUCACCGCCCCAUGGAUAGGAACAUCCACUUCUGCCCUCCAAUCUCCCUCCUUAGACACAAGGAGAUCAUUUUCUUUUCUUUCUUUUUUUUUUUUUAACGUAAACUUUGUAGAUAAAAUAUACCGCACAUAAAGAAAGUGCACAAAUUGUGUGCAUAACUCGGUGAAUUUACCCAAUGUGAACACACCAUGUACCCAGGUCCCCGCAGAACAUGUUUGCUGUUAGACCGAUUGUGUCUCUUUUCAGACAGUAACCUGUUCCCGGGACAGGUGUUCCCCUGGCAGGGGUGAUGGUGUCAUCUGGCUGGACGGGUGUAUCCGAAUGGCGGGUGCCGUAAUGCUUGGACUGUGCUAGAUGGUUCCCUGUGGUGGUCACCCAGCUGACAACACUGGGCCCCCCUGGCACGAUUGCUCUGUCCUCCUCAUGAGGAAGGGCAGGCCCUGCAGAAAGGGCAGGUAGAGGACAUGGCCUUUGGUGCUGGCCACAGGGGCUGGCGUUGGGCUUGAGUUUCCCUUGCUGGCGUCCAUGUCAACUGCCCUCUCUGGGCACUGAGGAAAGUGGGCAUUUGGGGCUUCUGCGGCUCAACCCGGAAGGACCCUUUUCAGCUAGAACCCACAGCGGCAAGAGGCCCCUUUCCCAAGCUGGCCACCAGAGGCCAGACCUUGAGCCCCUGGUCUGGGCUGCAAGGGAAGAAAGCCAUCGCACCGGGAGCCUCUUAAGCCCUGGGCAUUUGUAUCUGUGAGGCCCCUCCCAGAGCCCCCCACCCUCAGGAGAGGACUUAUGUGUCAUACCACCCCACUGUGUGUGUCUCUUUCUGUCCCCUUGUCCCUAAGUGCGUGGUGAGCACUGGGACCUGCAGGCCCAGGCGCAGUCUGAGGUCUGUGCCCCUCCCUCAGGUGUGGGCUCCAACUUGGGGGUCUUUGCUCAGGGUGGCUGCUCUGCACUCUGUGCAGGUGAGACGAAGGCGGUGGUGGCAGUGACUGAGGAAGGUGGUCUGGGCACCAGGCCCUAGCCAGCCCAGCAGCCCCUUGCCACCAUGCUGCAGGACCCAGGGAGGGACUCAGGCUGAGGAACAGCUCAGCAGUGGGUCCCUGCCGAGAAACCUCAGUCCCCAACUGGCUCACCUGGGUAAGGACAGGCUCAGGCUCCCACAGAUUCAGGAAUUCUAGUUGUUUGGGGCCGUUCUUCCUGCUUAUGGGCCACGUCACGGUAGUGAGGGCCAGAAAGGCUGGUGUCCCCUCAGCCCGAGAGAACACGACAAGGUUCCUCCAUGCCCCUGGGCCCGAGAACUCCUCCCACCGCAUUUCCAGACGGCUGUGUGGUCGGAGAAAUACACCCUGAAGGACAGAACACGCUCCCCUGCUGGGAACCCACCCAGGGCGGCUGGCGGAGAUGGGGGAAGGGUGGGCACUGCCCGGGCACUGUGGGAGGAUGCAGGGCCAGGGUGGCGGCGGAAGCCCCGUCCGCGCUAAGCCUGUUCCCUGAGCAUUGCGGCACACGCUCAUCCUUCUCGCCACGGAGCGGGCGUCUCCCUCAGGCCAGCGCCGUGGGCUCCGGGCUGGUCCCCAGGGACGUUCUGGGGCAGCUGCCGGCCACGUGCACACGGGCAGUUUCCCUCCGCUCGGCAACACUGCAUUUUAAAUUUUCAUCUUUUUUCUUCCUAGCUGAGUAAGUAAAUCGUGGUUCAUUAAAGCUUCAAUUUGGAUUGCUUUAAUGCAAUUGUGCAUUUUCCCAUGCACUGUACGUUAAACCUUUCUAAUCAGUUCCUUGAAACAAGACAAAAUCCUCAUGUUCAGCCCGCAGGCCCUUUUUGGGUGGUGGUGAGCAGGCCACUAACCCCGGCCUGUUCUAGUCUGCUUGUCUGGAAACAGGCGAAAGCGUCGACCUGCCGGGGGAUGUGCAUUUGCUGCCUCCCGAGGGAGAGCUGUGUGCCUUGGGCAGAGACGUGGGCCCCACUCCAGCCGGCCGGACCCUGGAGGGGCGGCCCCAUGUGAGACGGGCAGGGGGCCCCCACCCCCCUCCACAACCGAGCCCAGAACUGAGUUGCCCCAACCUGUGAGCGCUGUGGGCUGUCUGUGCUACGUCCUGCAGGCGAGGCACUGCCAGCCACCCUGGGCCACUGGGGCCCGGCGUUGGCAGUAGCAGCAGCUCUGAACCAAGCCUCUCCCCCUGUCUUGCAGGGUCCCAGCAUGGUGCUCAAGGCCUUCUUCCCCACGUGCUGUGCCUCAGCGGACAGUGGCCUGCUGGUGGGACGGUGGGUCCCGGAGCAGAGCAGCGCCGUGGUCCUGGCUGUGGUGCACUUUCCCUUCAUCCCCAUCCAGGUCAAGGAGCUCCUGGCCCAGGUGCAGCAGGCCAGCCGGGUGGGCGUGGCCGUGCUGGGCACCUGGUGCCACUGCCAGCAGAAGCCCGAGGAGAGCCUGGGCCGCUUCCUGGAGGGCCUGGGUGCCGUCUUCCCCCAUGACCCCUGGCUGCAGCUGUGCCGGGAGCGGGGAAGCAAGUUCUGGAGCUGCAAGGCCACCCACCGGCAGGGGCCUGCCGCCCCUGGAGCUGCCAGUGAGGACCAGGUCAUGCUUAUCUUCUACGACCAGCGCAAGGUGCUGCUGUCCCGGCUGCACCCACUUGCAGCCCUGCCAGACCACCAGGCUGGAGAGGCCUCAGCCAGCACCGGCGGCCUGGCUGCCAUCUUCGACACGGUGGCGCGCAGCGAGUCUCUUUUCCGCAGUGACCGGUUUGACGAGGGCCCCGUGCGGCUGAGCCACUGGCAGUCGGAGGGCGUGGAGGCCAGCAUCCUCGUGGAGCUGGCCAAGCGGGCCUCGGGGCCCGUCUGCCUGCUGCUGGCGUGCCUGCUGUCACUGGUCUCGGCUGCCAGUGCCUGCCGGGUGUUCAAGCUGUGGCCCCUGUCCUUCCUUGGGAGCAAGCUCUCCACCUGCCAGCAGCUCCGGCACCGGCUGCAGCAGCUCACCCUCAUCUUCAGCACGCAGAAGGCCACGGACCCCGCUGAGCUGAUGAGGAAGGCCAACAUGCUUGUCUCGGUGCUCCUGGAUGUGGCCCUCGGCCUUGUGCUGCUGUCCUGGCUCCACAGGAAGAACCGACUUGGGCAGCUGGCUGAUGCCCUUGUCCCUGUGGCUGAUCACGUGGCCGAGCAGCUCCAGCAUCUGCUGCAGUGGCUGAUGGGCGCUCCCGCCGGGCUCAAGAUGAACCGGGCGCUGGACCAGGUGCUGGGCCGCUUCUUCCUGUACCACAUACACCUGUGGAUCAGCUACAUCCACCUCAUGUCCCCCUUCAUCGAGCACAUCCUGUGGCACGUGGGUCUCUCGGCCUGCCUGGGCCUGACGGUCGCCCUGUCCAUCCUCUGGGACAUCAUCGCCCUGCUCACUUUCCACAUCUACUGCUUCUACGUCUAUGGUGCCAGGCUGUACUGCCUGAAGGUCUACGGCCUGUCCUCACUCUGGCGUCUGUUUCGGGGGAAGAAGUGGAACGUUCUGCGCCAGCGGGUGGAUUCUUGCUCCUACGACCUGGACCAGCUGCUCAUCGGGACUCUGCUCUUCACCAUCCUGGUCUUCCUCCUGCCCACCACGGCCCUGUACUACCUGGUGUUUACCCUGCUCCGGCUCCUGGUGGUGGCCGUGCAGGGCCUGAUCCAUCUGCUUGUGGACAUGGUCAACUCCCUGCCGCUGUACUCACUGGGACUUCGGCUCUGCCGGCCCUACAGGCUGGCUGCUGGCGUGAAGUUCCGCAUCCUGGAGCACCAGGCUGGCAGGCCUCUCCGCCUCCUGAUGCAGAUAAACCCCCUGCCCUACGGCCGCGUGGUGCACACCUACCGCCUCCCCAGCUGCGGCUGCCACCCCAAGCACUCCUGGGGCUCCCUGUGCCGCAAGCUGUUCUUGGGGGAGCUCAUCUACCCCUGGAGGCAGAGAGAGGACAAGCAGGACUGAGGGGCCUGGCAGCCCACCCAGCCAGCACCGCCGCACGGCCACGGUCAGCCCCGACUCAGCCCGGCUGGUGCCGACUGCCUGCAGGGCAGCGCACAAUGCGCACUGCGGC